ACAAACUGUCUGAAUUGAAGUGUCAAACGUAAAAUGUGAAAUGUUGACUUUUAUGAAAAAUUAAAUUAUACUCAAAUAUUUAUUAAAAUAUUGUUAUUCAGUGUGCUUAAGUGGAAUAUAAUAUUAAUUUGUGGCUCUAAUUAAGAAAUAACUCGUUUCUAAAUAUUUUCGUUGAAUUUUGAAAAUCCGAACAGAUUUUAAGCUUUUCUACACGUCACGUACAACAAUGAAUCCCUUAGAUAAAUAUUGGGGAUUUUACAAUUGAUUUUUACAAUUUUAUAAAAAUGCAAUCUAAUUUGAAAACUAAGGAGAUGUUCAUUUUGAGAGCUCUUGAGAAAAUUUUAAAUGAUAAAGAAAUCAAAAGAUCCUAUCAUUCUCAACUCAAAAGAGCUUGUGAAGCUGCACUAGAGCAACUUAAAAAGGAAACAGCAGAAACGCCUAAAGAAGAAAAUAUAUCAGAUGCACUUCCGCAACCCAAAAGCGGAGAUGCCAAUAUUCUUACAACAGAAAAAUAUUUUCUCCCCUUUGAAUUAGCUUGUCAAAGCAAAUCUGCAAGAAUAGUCGUUACAGCUUUAGAUUGUCUACAAAAGUUGAUAGCUUAUGGUCAUUUAACAGCAAAUGUACCAGAUUCUACAACACCAGGAAAGUUAUUGAUUGAUAGGAUAGUUGAGACUAUUUGCAUUUGUUUUACUGGACCCCAGACUGAUGAAGGUGUUCAACUUCAAAUUAUUAAAGCCCUUUUAACAGUUGUUACAAGUCAAUAUGUCGAAGUUCAUGAAGGUACUGUUCUUAUGGCAGUACGAACCUGUUAUAAUAUUUUCCUUGCCAGCAAAAAUUUAGUCAAUCAAACUACUGCUAGAGCCACUUUAACACAAAUGUUGAAUGUCAUUUUCACUCGAAUGGAAAAUCAAGCCUUAGAGGCUGAAGUCAGUUCUGAAAUUCAUAAUAACAAUAUAAAUCAAAAUGAUUCUAAUUGUAAGAUGGCCAAUGAUGCUGAUUCAAAAUCAGUUAAAUCUUUAAAAGUUGAUAAUGGUGAAAUUAAACAUGAAUUACAAUUAACAGGGGAAAUUAUUGUUGCCGAAAUUAUAGAAAAUAUUGUUGAUAAUGUAAUGCUGGAAGUUGUAGAUAACAAACAAGUUGAAAUACUAAAUUCACCUGAAAAUGAGACUCAUAGUGUUACAUCAUCAAUGACAAGGAUACCCUCUCAAGAAAGCAUGGAUACACAAAGUGAAAAUGACUCAGCGGUAACAGCAAAAUUUACUCAUAUUCUUCAAAAGGACGCGUUUCUUGUUUUUAGAGCUCUAUGUAAACUUUCAAUGAAACCAUUACCAGAAGGCACACCUGACCCAAAAUCCCACGAACUUCGCUCCAAAAUAUUAUCCCUUCAACUGCUCCUUUCUAUUCUUCAAAAUGCUGGUCCCGUAUUUAGAUCCAAUGAAAUGUUUAUAACGGCCAUUAAACAGUAUUUGUGUGUAGCUCUAUCUAAAAAUGGAGUUAGUUCGAUACCAAAAGUUUUUGAAUUAUCGCUAGCAAUAUUUUUAGCUUUACUUUCUAAUUUUAAGCUUCAUUUGAAAAUGCAAAUCGAGGUAUUCUUUAAGGAGAUAUUUUUGAAUAUUUUAGAAACUUCCAAUUCUUCUUUUGAACAUAAGUGGAUGGUAAUCCAAGCUCUGACUCGUAUCUGCGGUGAUGCUCAGAGUGUGGUGGACAUCUAUGUAAACUAUGACUGUGAUCUGGCUGCAGCCAACUUAUUCGAACGUCUAGUCAAUGACCUAUUCAAAGUAGCACAAGGUCGACAUUCUAUAGAACUAGGUGCAUCACCAAAUCAAGAAAAAGCAAUGAAACUUCGAGGCUUAGAAUGUCUCGUAUCCAUAUUAAAAUGUAUGGUAGAAUGGAGUAAAGAUUUAUAUGUAAAUCCUAAUCUACAAUCAACUGUUGGUGAACAAGAACAUCGGGAAAAUGAUAAUUUAUCUAUUAAAUCACAUGGGGGAUCUUCAAAUAGUCUACAUUCCAGUGAUAGUGGAGGGAAUCGAGAGAUUUUAGAUUCACCUGAACAGCUAGAAGUAUUGAAGCAACAAAAAGAACAUAUGACACUAACGAAAAACGAUACAGCAUGCUUACCUAAUUAUUUUGGGACGGUAUGGGAAACAGGCAUAGAAAUGUUCAAUCGAAAACCUCGAAAAGGAAUAGCUUAUCUUCAAGAACAAGGACUUCUAGGACCAACUCAUCAGGAUAUAGCGAAAUUUUUACACAACGACGAACGGUUGGAUAAAACUUUUAUCGGGGAGUUCUUGGGGGAUAACGAUGAUUUGAGCAAGCAGGUUAUGUACGUGUACGUCGAUCAAAUGAAUUUCACCAACAUGGACUUUGUUGCAGCACUUCGACACUUCCUAGAUGGGUUCAGGUUACCAGGCGAAGCACAGAAAAUAGACAGACUAAUGGAAAAAUUUGCUAGCAGAUACUGCGAAUGCAAUCCAAAUAACAGCCAUUUUGCAACAGCAGAUACAGCUUACGUGCUUGGUUUUUCUAUAAUCAUGCUCACCACAGACCUCCAUUCUCCUCAAGUAAAAAACAAAAUGACAAAAGAGCAAUAUAUCAAACUAAACAGAGGCAAUACAGAGAGUAAAGAUGUUCCUGAAGAAUAUUUGUCUCAAAUAUAUGAUGAAAUAGCUGGUCACGAAAUUAAAAUGAAGAAUCCUGUAAAUAAGCCUGGCAAACAACAGAUUAAUAGCGAAAAACGUAGAAAAAUUUUAUUCAACAUGGAGAUGGAAGCUAUUUCGUCUGCUGCUAAAAAUCUUAUGGAGUCUGUUUCUCACGUACAAGCACCAUUUACUCUAGCAAAGCAUUUAGAGCAUGUUAGACCGAUGUUUAAGAUGGCGUGGACGUCGUUUUUGGCUGCAUUCAGCGUCGGUUUACAAGACUGUGAUGAUCCAGAAGUAGCUGCUUUGUGUUUAGAUGGAAUAAGAUGUGCCAUAAGAAUUGUCUGUAUAUUCCACAUGCCUUUAGAACGGGAUGCUUAUGUACAAGCUUUGGCAAGAUUUACGCUCCUCACAGCUAAUUCUCCGAUAAUGGAUAUGAAAGCAAAAAAUAUAGAUACAAUUAAAACACUUAUCAUGGUAGCCCACACGGACGGAAAUUAUUUGGGGCCGAGUUGGUUGGAUAUUCUCAAAUGUAUAUCACAGUUAGAACUAGCUCAAUUGAUAGGUACCGGAGUUCGACCGGAAUUUUUAUCAGGACCUGGUCAUAAACCUCCUUAUCCUAGUUCAAAAGAACAUAUUGGUCAAACGAGUUCCCAAAGCGUGGUAGUUGCUGUCGACAGAAUAUUCACUGGAUCAACUAGGCUUGAUGGUGAUGCAAUUUUUGAUUUCGUCAAAGCUUUGUGUAAAGUUUCUCUUGAAGAAUUAGCUUAUCCAGGUCAUCCCAGGAUGUUUUCCUUGCAAAAAAUAGUAGAAAUUUCGUAUUACAAUAUGGGAAGAAUUCGAUUACAAUGGUCAAGAAUAUGGCAGGUUCUUGGAGAACAUUUUAAUACAGUAGGAUGUAAUUCCAAUGAAGAGAUCUGCUUUUUUGCUGUGGAUAGCUUAAGACAGCUCUCUAUGAAGUUUAUAGAAAAAGGAGAAUUUUCGAAUUUUAGAUUUCAAAAAGAUUUUCUCCGUCCAUUUGAGUAUAUCAUGAAAAAUAAUGUUUCCCGUUCGGUUAGAGAAUUUGUAGUACGUUGUGUAGCAAAUAUGGUUAACUCACAAGCAAAAAAUAUUCGUUCGGGUUGGAAGAAUAUAUUUUCUGUUUUUCACUUGGCUGCUGGUGAUCGAGAGGAAACACUAGUUGGACUUGCUUUUGAUACAACUGGAAAAAUAAUCAUAGAGUUAUAUGAAAAACAAUUUCCAACUAUGAUUGAUUCGUUUCAAGAUGCUGUCAAGUGCUUAUCAGAGUUUGCAUGUAAUGCUAGAUUUCCUGAUACAAGUAUGGAAGCGAUCAGACUUUUAAGAGCUUGUGCUUGCAGUAUAAGUGGUGCUCCUCACUUAUUUGCUGAACAUGGAGUUUUAGAAACUGAUGCAACUGUAUCAGAAGAAGAUAGAGUAUGGGUACGUGGUUGGUUUCCACUUCUCUUUUCAUUAUCUUGUGUAGUCAAUAGAUGUAAAUUGGAUGUGAGAACUCGUGCUUUAACAGUGCUUUUUGAAGUAAUAAAAACAUAUGGUGAUACAUUUAGUCCUCAUUGGUGGAAGGAUCUUUUUAAAGUUCUAUUUAGAAUAUUUGAUAAUAUGAAAUUACCAGAAAAACAACCAGAAAAAGACGAGUGGAUGACAACGACAUGCAACCACGCCCUUUAUGCUAUUGUAGACGUUUUCACGCAAUACUUCGAUAUGCUAGGACCGCUUCUCUUAGAGGAAUUAUAUUCUCAACUUCAUUGGUGCGUACAACAGGAUAACGAACAAUUAGCUAGAUCCGGUACGAAUUGUUUGGAAAAUUUAGUUAACUCAAAUGGUAAUAAAUUCAACCAAAACACUUGGGAAAAGACAUGCCAAUGUAUGCUGGAUAUAUUCAAUUCAACGUUGCCGUCAGCGCUGCUUACUUGGAAACCAGAAUCUAUGAAAACUAUGGCUGUGAUCGAGCAGAAUGGCGAUGUAGGACCUAAUAAAGGUAUUUUAAAACGAUCCAGCUAUCACCAAGAUGUUAGUAUCGAUAAUGCGGAAGUUUUUAAUAGUCUAGCAAUAAAAAGUGUUGUACAAUUGGAAUUAAUUCAAACAAUUGAUAACAUAGUUUUCUAUCCGGCGACAUCUAGAAAAGAAGACGCCGAAACGUUAGCAUUCGCAACUGCUGAUAUGACAGGUGGAGGAUCUUUGACUGAAUGUCAAAGAGAAGAACAAGGAAUGUAUAGAUUAUUAAGCAGUCCACAUUUAUUGCAGUUGACAGAGUGCCUUCUACAAUCCCAUCGGUUUGCAAAGGCCUUCAACAUCAACCAUGAACAAAGGAACUUACUUUGGAAGGCUGGUUUCAAAGGUUCAACAAAACCCAAUCUUCUAAAACAAGAAACUCAGAGUCUGGCGUGCUUGUUGCGAAUAUUGUUUAAAAUGUAUUGUGACGAAGGUAGACAAGAGCAUUGGCCUAUUAUUGAAACUACUUUAAUAACGGUAUGUCAAGAAGCAUUGGAGUAUUUCUUGAGUCUUCAGAGCGAAAAUCAUAGAGAAGCGUGGACGUCGUUAUUGCUACUAGUCAUGACUAGGCUGUUAAAAAUGCCUGAUAGCAGAUUUGGCGUACAUACUUCCCGAUAUUACACCCUUCUUUGUGAAAUCGUUUGUUUUGACCUAAAGGCUGAAUUAAGGUCGAUAUUAAGAAGAGUCUUCCUGCGAAUAGGACCAGUUUUUCAUAUUACCGCUACAUAGUUGAUGACAAAAUCGUAGUGUCAGUCACUAUUUAUCUUAGCUCUGAUUAUAUUCUUUGGAAUACUUUGAUAUAUCUCACACACUCUAUCAACUGUGUUUUUACCUAUAAGUACAAAAACUACAUGAUAGUGGAUGACAAGGUCUCUGUUUUACUGAAGAAGUAUUUCAUAUCGAAAUUCCGUCUACUGUGAUUUGUACUUAACAUAUUUUGUUCUAUAUUUGAUGACUUGCGAACAUAUUUUUCCUUUUAAUGUAUUCUGUGAUUAAUAUGUGUAAACGAAGUUUUAAAACAUUGGAUCUAAAGGAAAAUUAUCCGAGUUAUGAAUAAUUCAUUUAUAUGUGGUCAACACAAAAUAGUUUCACAUAACAAAUAGUACUUUCAUGAUUGGACUGUGAGAUAUUUAUGUUUUGUUGUAAAUUAAUUCAAUAUUAAAGUUCUUAUUUCUUGUUUUAAAACUCCUUUUUGGGAAAGUAUAGCUAGUAAAGAAAGAUAAAAAUCUUCCAAUCAAAGUACGAUCACAUAACGAAAUUAACUUAGUUUAAAACAAAAAUCUUGAAUACUAUAAUGUAAUAUGUCUUAUAACAAUAUUUUCAGUUUUCCCAUCCAGAGGGAAAACUAAUAGCGCUGAUAAAACCGAUACAACAUUUAAAUUUGAAAAAAGCUUACGCAGAACUUUGAUAUUUAUCUAUAUAAUUUCCUAAUAGGUCUUUUUAAUGGUUCUUGAAAAAGACUGUAAAAAUGGUCGCAAUAUAUGACUGUUCAGGAUUGCAUCUUAAACAAACUUUCGUUCAACUCCAGUAAUGGAACGGUUUGGUUAGAAAUAUAUGGAUUUAAAGAUUGUGCAUAAUAUUCUAAGUAUACCUACGGUAAUUCAAAUAAUUACUGUAUUUUGUGAAUGCAGAUAACAAAGUUUUAAUUUCAUUUUUUUAUUAAUUAAAAAAGAAGUUGCGAGCUUCCAUAUUUGUAUUCCUCCUAUUCUCCCUAACUGUUUAUACGUCCCAAAACAAAAAUACUAACAAAAUUUGCUCUAAUGAGAAAGGUUGCAAUUGAAGUAAGAGCAAUUACGUCUUAAAAUAAAGUAGGUUAAUAUCUUUUGAGAAAUUGUAAAAUAAAAAAAACAAUUUAUUUAGUCUGAUACAGAUCUAUAGUAAAAUAAUUCAUUAUCUGCAUAUAAAACCUAUUAACCAUAUAGAUAAAGUAAAAACUAGCUUAUAGCAUGCAGUUAUCAUAACUAUAGUCAUCCGUGGGUGCCAUUGAAAAGACCUAUAGCAACAAGGAUUGCUUGAAAGCUGCGAAGUCAUAAUAGAAGAGUAUUUUCAGAUAAACCUAAAGCACGAUUGUUAAUUUUUGUUAUAACACUGAAGUAAUAAAGUAAAUAAGUAAUGGAAUUAUAUUAUUUUUGCCUGAGAUAUAAGUUUAGCUAAUCCUGCUAUGUCACAUUGAAAAAGUAAAAUUGCCUUUAAAAUUGGGAUAAAUAAAGAAUUUAGUUAGGUUUGGUCUUUAACAAUGAUGCGAAUUAUUUUUUUAAAUUGGUUAUUACUGAGUUUUAUUAAAGGAUCUGCAACAAUUACUUCAGCUUCUUCUAGUUAUUUCAGCAGUCCAAUAUAUAGAAGAUCAUCCAUUACUACAAUCCCUUAUAUUAAUGAUUUAUAUACAAUUAUAAUGUUUAAAACACUUUCAAUAAAAAUAAUAGGGUAGAAUUGUAUAUUUACAUGCGAAUGCGAGUGAAAUGGAGCACUCCUCUUUGGCGGGAGCAUUCCUAUUGCGAGGAGAGGGCAUGAGAAUCCAGACAACAAUAAAUGAUCAUUCAACUAUGACAAUUGUUGAAUGUAUAUUGAUUAAUAUAUGCUAGAUAUUUUUAGUUAGAACAGAUCCAAAUUUACACAAAUUAUAGGACUAAAAAGAUUAGUUCAUAGUUUUGCAGCGUUGCACAAAAUAUCAAGCAGAAAGAAUCAAAAAUCCAAAUGACUAUUCCCUUUAUUACUCCCAAUGUCAUAUUUUUUAUAUAUCCUACUAAUAUCAUUUUAUUAUGUGCCUAGCAGGUGACAAAAUAAUAGUAAUGUAAGAGUUUUAGUUGAAAAUAGGAAGUUCAGUACUGACCUGUAUGAAUGGUUACAUGUUAAUACAUCAGUUAUUAUUGUGGUUAAAUUUUCCAAAACGUGUAAUAGUAACCAAGUGUUGAUUAUCCAUAGUUUUUGCUAUAUAUUUUCAAGAGAUUAGAAAGAAACACUAAAAUAAUUUUGUCUGUUCAUCAUAGUAUUUGUUCACUUUUCUGUAUGUUUGGUCGACCAAGAAAUAUAUUGUAGAUAAAAUAUAAUUGGAGAAAUAAUUUUCGUUCAGUACUUACGCAUCUAAAGUUAUUAAAUAACAAAAACUCUGGGUUUUUGCCACCAUCAUAUGUAAAUACCAUUUGUUGAAAAUCAUUCCAUACUAAGUGAUAAUGAAUACAUAUUUAUCGAGAAAAUAGUAUAUUGUGCAACUAGUGCAAAAAAUAAGAUAUUUAUACAAGUGUGACAAAAUGAUAAACUACAAGCUACAUAUGUUGUACAUUAUACUUUCUGACGACCUGCACGAAAUAGUUAAUUUUAUUUUACACAUAACUUUCUGUGUUAGUUAAAAAAUGAAAUAAGUAUUUUGAGUAGGUCAUUCGAAAAAAUUAUUAUGUGCCUUCAUAAUUAUGUAUAUGUUAUUUUAUCAUUUGAAUAUAUUGUAUUGCACUUUAUUAGUUUUUAGAAUGAAGUAAUCGUCAAAUCCUGAUUUUUAUAGUAUGAAAACGAUUGUUGUAGAAGGAUUCGGAUAAAUAUCUUGAAAUUAUUUUUACUAAUCUAAUUUAUGAAAUGUUCAUUAAUAAGUAAUUAAAUAUAUAUCUUUUGUCUGUAAUCUUUUAUUAUGUUCAUACAUAUAUUAUAUGCGGACCAUUUAGGUCCAUAGCCUUGUAAUUUCUCUCCACUUCUUUCAGUCCCUUGCUUUUUCUCUUCAGCUCUGGAUAUUUUUCUCUCUAAAGUCUUCUUCCACUACUUCCCUUCACCGUUUUUUCGGUAUAUCUCUUUUCCUCUUGUCCUCUGGUAUCUUCCAUGCAACUCGUUUCAAGAGUCUGUCUUUGUCCAUUCGUUCUAAGUAACCUAGCCAUUGUAACUUUCUUGUCUUUAUAAACGUGCUGUGUACUAGUAUGGGAACAAGUGGUUAAAAAAAUAUGUAAGCCAUCUUCAAAUCAUGUUUUCAUUAAACAAUAAAAUCGUUUGUAGCAAUUAUUUCUAUUAGUUUUUUGUGUUAAGCUUCCUGAAUGUUACACUUGAAAUCUGCUACCAUGAAUAACCUCUUUCAUCGUAAAGAACUUAGUGUUCCAAUUUAGGAAGAGAUUUAAUAAUAUCAAGUGUGCAUUUUUACAUAAUAUUACUAAUGUGUGAAGUUUGAAUAUUUGGGAUAUUCUAAAUUUAAUUAUAUUAAGAACAUAUAUGUUUGACUCUGUCAAUCCUGAAUGUCACUUGUAGUUUUUGAUAAUCUUCCAACAUAUAGUAAUAGAUACUAUUAUAUAUUAUGCACUUGUGACAAUCUCCACUUAUUUAUUAUAACUCAAUUUAAAUUGUAUGUUUUCGAAAAUUUAGAUGCAAUUUUAAAACAUUUUAAGAUAUUUAUCUGACAUUCUUAUUGGCUGUAUGUAGUCAAGUUAAUACCAUGUUAUUUAUAUUUAUUAAAUUCUGUAGGCAUCAAUAUUUUAGACUUGUAAAUAAUAUAUUAUAUAGGAUAUUGUUAUUGUGUUAAUUUCAAUAAAACUACAAAAGCUUAAUAAAAAGAGAUUUAUUAGUAA